AUGCUCCUGCAAAGGGCUGAAGAGGAGUACAUUUGCAGACUCAUCAAGCACAGCAAAACCACUCAGUCUUCAUUUUGCGAAAGCAACCACGGCUUCCAACAGAGAGUCUUCUAUCUUGGACUGGACUUGCAGAAUCCCGAUCUUGGUGCCGUCUUGAGACAGCACGAAGAAGACGAAGCAACCGGCAGGCGGUCCAUCUGUGUCGUUGAGAACAUCAGCCCGGAGUGGGUUGGUACUUUGGGUGUGGUGAGUCGAGGGAGAUCACACAGACAUCUCUUCACUUCUGAGUUUUACAUCCAGGCAUGGAACAUCGAACAAGACUUCUUCCUGCAGCAUGCGUUCAAUUCCAACACAGGAGGAGAUCUCUGGAACGCCGUCAUGGGACCGCAGGCUAGAGAAGAAGCGUGGAUAUCGUCCGUGGUGUGGGUAGGAUUGUCUCGUCGCGGUUCAGAUGUACAGAUUGGCCGUCAACAUUACUUCAUCGAAGGGAUGCUCAGGCAUACUGGCCGGGAUUACACCAGCAGCAACCGAAUUCAGCGACUCUCUCAACACGGCGGCGAGAAAUAUGGAGAACAGAUCAACACCAAGAUAUCCUAUUGCCGGGUGUCAAAUCAUUCCUGUACGUCUUUCCAUCUUCCGCACCUUCUCACAGCAAGCAGCAUUCUUCGGCCCAUCUGUACGGGGGCGCCAAUCGUCGUUGGAACGUCGAAGUCGUGAUACGUCUUAAACCAGCCAACUGAUUUGCUGGCCUAGACCUCUUUCUUGUCGACGCGCCAUUCAUGCUAGAGGCUUCAGAGAACCUACCACUCAUCGGCCUUCGCGUUCCAUACAGCCAGAACCGAUCUGGGCUCUGCAUCCCUCAAACCUUCGAGAAGAAAGCCUACUUUUCCACCUUUGAAUCGUUACGAACAGCCUUCUCCCUCGGAUGGUCGCUGAAGGGAAUGUUUGCUGGUGAUCAUGCGAUCGAUUAUGUUGCAUUCUCCUACUUCCUCGCGACCCGCAUGUGGGUGAUCAAUCUCCGCUUCCUCGACCGGGACAUCAAAUCCAUUGCCUUCAAAGACGUGCGACGACCGAGUGUUAGGAUCAACGACAUUCUGCACAAUCGGCGGCGGGAUUUGGAUCAUCUCCGCAGUGAAGUGUCGAAGACGAAGACCUGGAUCUCGCCGGAGCUGGAACAGUUCUCCGAAGACCUACACGACACGCGCUCGCGCUCACCGAAAGCCGCCUUGGAAGGUGUCUACGAGGAAUCCGGUAACCUCGAGCGCUUUUUGAUGGAUACUUUCCAACUACUCAUGUCUUCCAUCUCAGUCCUCGACUCCCAGACCAGCAUCAAGGAAGCCCGUCGAAGCGCUCUGCUUACCCAACUCGCAACCGUGUACCUGCCACUCUCGCUCGUGACGAGUAUAUUCGGGAUGAACGUCAGGGAGAUCAGCGACCCGAUUCCCUCAAUCUGGGUCUGUGUGGUUACGCUUGUGAUUGUGGGAGGUUUCACGGCUGCGUUGCUCUGGCUUUCGAGGACGUAUCAGGAAGCGCAUUGGGUGGAGAAUCUGAGUGGGCUGGAUCGGAAGAUUUCAUCGGGAAAGGCGUGGAUUUCAAGUCUGAGGAGUCGAGGAGUGGCAAGAGGGGUUUCAAAGGAGAAGGGUGGGACACAGGUCUAA